AUGCGCGUGGUGCGACUGUUACGGGUCUUGAAGCUCAGGCGUAUCAUUGAUGCCAUGUUGGAAUACAUUGAGAGUGAGUUCACUUUCUUGGUGAUUUCGUUGCUACGCCUCUUGUUCUUCAUCGUGUUGCUCAACCACGUGAUCGCUUGCCUGUGGUUCCUGAUCGGCAAAGAGUCUUCGACCAGCAACAUCAUCAACUGGAUCGAAGUGGGCGGCUAUCAAGACGAGACAGCGACCUACAAGUACUUCACCUCGCUCCACUGGGCCUUGACACAGUUUACCCCAGCCUCGAUGGAUGUCAGCGCCAAGAACGUCUAUGAGCGAAUGUUCUCCAUUGCCGUGCUCUUCUUCGCCAUGGUGGCCUUCUCGUCGAUUGUGGGAGGCGUCACUGCAUCGAUGACGCAAUUGCAAAAUCUGCGGAGUAACCACAUGAAGCAGUUCUGGAUGCUGAGGCGUUACUUGAAACAAAACUCAGUGAACAAGGAGCUGCAGUUCCGGAUUGAAAAAUUCUUGGAGUACCGCAUCAUGAAGGAGCAAGAGUAUGUGCAACCUCAAAUGGUUCUCCACCUUCCGAAGCUGUCCAUCCCCUUGCGCAACGAGCUGGCACACAGUAUCAUGGUCCAAUGGCUUCGUGGUCAUCCGCUCUUCCACAAGAUCAGUACGUUAAUGCCUAACUUCAUGCAUAAGCUUUGCAGCAAUGCCAUCAAAGAGAAAGUGUUGGGGCAAGGAGACAUCGUCUUCGAGCAUGGGGAGGAGUGUAAUCAUAUCUACUUCCUGUCGGCAGCGCUGGUCUUGGACUACACGCCCUUGCUCAACAAGAGGCGAGAAGAAGUGGAGGACGCUGAUUCGACGAGGCUUCAACAAAAGCAGUGGCUCUCGGAGCCAGCGCUUUGGGUGCCCUGGAAGCACCUCGGUGUGUGCGAAUGCGACAAGCCAGGUGAGCUGAUUUCGGUGGACACCAACAACUUCCAGAAGGAGAUGUGUGCUCAUCCAGCGCCGCGCACUUUUUGUGCCAGCUAUGCGCGCCUUUACGUGGAAUGCCUGAACAACUUGCCAAAGGACAUGCUGAGUGAUGUGCUGGACGAAAGCACACUGGACACCACGGCGCUGGUGGACCGCGCCAACGCGGUGAUGGCGGCGAUCUACGACGUGGGCCGCGGCAGCAGCUCCGCGUUGGACUUGAGCCAUUUGGGCCUGCCCUGA